UUUCGCUUUCGCGCCGACUAUUACCAGCCUGCCAAAGUGCUGGCUUGUUUGCGCGCGAGCAGUGAAUUACGGCCUCUGCGCAGCUACGUCUUUUCGCGCAGCUCUUUCGACAAACGCCUCUUGACCAGUGAAAUCGUGCUGAUAAAAUGCCUUCGAGAUAACGCUAUCUCGAUAGAUCAAUAGCGCAGAGCUUAUCAGCAGAAGUCGAACGACUUUUCGUCGCGCAGUCGCUCUUCGCGGUUAACAACGUCUGGCCGUCGUCAGACAUGAACGUCCAAGACAAAGUCGUCAUUAUAACCGGGGGUAUUGGCGGGAUGGGCUUUGAGAGCGCCAAGUCUCUCUUGAGCAACCGUGCAAAGUUCGUUGCAAUAUUCGAUCUGGCCGAGUCGAGCGGCGCAGAUGCGGCAAUGGCGGAGCUGGAAAACGCUUUUGGAGGCGAUCGCGUUCGCUUCUACCCGGGAGACAUUGCCGUGGACGCAGAGCUGGAAGGUAAUUUCAAAAGAGUGAUUCGAGAGCAAGGAUACAUCGAUAUCCUCGUGAACAACGCUGGCCUAGCAGACGAACGAAACAUACAGCGGCUCGUCGAUGUCAAUGUGAAAGCUGUAUUAAACUGCAGCUUACUAGCCAUAACGUAUAUGGGCAAGCAUAAAGGCGGCAAAGGGGGACUAAUUGUCAAUGUUAAUGCUAUACUGGGCCUCACAGACUGUCCUCUGUUGCCAUUCUACAGCGCAACCAAGCACGCCAUCGUCGGCUUUACAAGAUGCAUGAAGGAAAAUUUCGGCACGACUGGCGUUCGAGUGGUGUCCCUGUGUCCCGGUGUGACGAAAACUAACCUCAUCAAGCACGUGCCGAAUCACUUGUUGGAUUUCAUUUCCGAUAGUAUCAAGGAAAAAGUUCUCACCGAAGUGCCCGUUCAGUCACCAAAGAGUGUCGCUUCGGCGCUUAUCGAGAUAAUAGCUAAGGCGGAGAGCGGGGCUGUGUGGGUCGUUGAGAACGACAACAAACCUUUUGCUGUGAAACCUGCGGACCAUUACGUACGGAUGACUGCCCCGAUCGACAAGUGACUCUAUCUCUGUAAUCUAUCGAAGCAUCACCGCGCGUCCGCAGAUCGCGAGCGUAGGCUCAUCGAUCAAUAAACCAACUGAAAAUUAGC